AUGCGGAGACGGAUCGGAUAUGUGAAGCUACUGUUGGCAUUGACCACGGCAGGCCUUCAGGCGUGGGGCUUGGCCAUGGAGGCCGUGUGGACCUUGUGCUCGAGGCUGGGCCAUGCGGGGCUGCCAGCUACGAGGCAUGCAGAGGCCUUGUGGGUUUGCCAUGCCAGACGCGGGUCUCCGCCUGACGCUGUCUCCGGGGCUCUGGUCGCUGAGGCACCUGGGUCAUCUGCCGUGAAGGCGCCGACCAUGGGGGGCUUCUGCGCGACGUCUCGGUCACAUGUGGCCACGCACGCUUCAUCAGCAGUCGUGGGUCUGGAUGAAGCUGUAUCUCACAGUCUCAACUCUCACCAUCUAAAUACAGGUACCAAACAAGAUGGUAACCAGCGAAAUGUUGUUGCAAAAGCUGCACUAAGUGUCUCCAAUUGGAAGGUGAAGGGGAAACGCUCACAACGUAAAGUGAAACAGGUAGCAAAAGCAGUGGUGAUUGAUCAGAUGAAAAAUAGACUUGAAGGAAGCUUGCAGAGGAGUGUUUCUGGUUGGAAGAUUAAGGGGAAACGCUCAACACGUGAAGGGAAAAAGGUACCACGAGCAGUGGUGGAUGAUAAGAUGCAAAAUAGACUUGAUGGAAGUUCGCAGCCAUCUGUUCCUUCUGGGUCACACCACAAACAACCUGGGGACCAUAUAGAUGCUCGAAGCAAAGUUAGGAAGCUGCUCCAGUUGUACCGGGUGACUUGCCAAAAGCUUACACAAGUUGAGGUACAAGGUAAUCCCAUAGUUGGACGGAUUUACCUUGAAGCAGCUAAAAUAGUAAAGAAAGACCCUAUCUAUGCAAAGCUUGGGGCCAUUGUGGGAAAUAUUCCUGGUGUUGAAGUUGGCGAUGAAUUUUAUUAUAGAAUUGAGUUAGCAAUAGUUGGUCUGCAUCGCCUGCAUCAAGGAGGUAUUGACACUUCUAAGGUGAAUGGUGUUCCCAUUGCUAUAAGUGUCGUUGCCUCCGGAGGCUAUCGUGAUGAAUUGUCGAGCUCAGGUGAACUAAUAUACACAGGCUCUGGAGGGAAGGCUGGGGGUAAUAAAGAUGGAGACGAUCAAAAGCUUGAGUGGGGUAAUCUUGCCUUGAAGAAUUGCAUUGAGACCAAGACCCCGGUUCGAGUGAUUCAUGGGUUCAAAGGUCAAAACAGAAGUGAAUUUGGUAAGGAAACUUCGACAUUUACAUAUGAUGGAUUGUAUGAGGUGGUGGAAUGUUGGCGAGAAGGCCCAAAAGGAGGGAUGGUCUUCAAGUACAAGUUAUGGAGGAUUGCAGGGCAACCAAAAUUAACCCUACAUGUGGUCAAGGCAAUUAGGAAGUCUAAAAGUCGUGAAGGGCUUUGUUUGCCUGAUAUAUCUCAAGGAAGCGAGAGGAUACCCAUAUGUGUCAUCAACACAGUUGAUGACAUGAGGCUAGCACCACUUAAAUACAUCACGAAACUCACAUAUCCAACUUGGUGUGAAAUUGUACCUCAAAAUGGUUGCAACUGCACAAACCACUGCUCAGACACUAUUAGAUGUUCUUGUGCAUGGAAGAAUGGAGGGGAAAUCCCGUUCAAUUGCGAUAAUGCUAUUGUCAAGGCCAAGCGUCUCAUAUAUGAGUGUGGUCCAUGGUGCAGGUGCCCGCCAACUUGCUACAAUAGGGUGAGUCAGCAUGGUGUCAAAAUUCCACUUGAAAUAUUCAAGACAGGCAAGACAGGUUGGGGUGUAAGAUCUCUCAGUUCUAUAUCUUCGGGCAGUUUCAUAUGCGAGUAUACUGGUGAGCUCUUGAAGGGUGAAGAAGCUGAAAAUAGACAGAAUGACGAAUAUCUAUUUGAUAUUGGUAGAAACUACUAUGAUGAAGAACUUUGGGAGGGGAUUCCACCAGUGGUUGAUGUACAGUCUUCUACCUCGUCCUCCGGGACAAUGAAAGGCUUCACAAUAGAUGGAGCUGAGUGCAGCAACGUGGGAAGAUUUAUCAACCAUAGCUGUUCACCAAACCUAUAUGCCCAAAAUGUUCUCUGGGACCAUGGUAACAUGAAGAUGCCACAUAUUAUGCUUUUUGCUGUUGAGAAUAUCCCACCACUGCAGGAGCUGACCUACCAUUACAAUUAUAAGGUAGGCUCAGUCCAUGACGAGAAUGGUAACGAGAAGGUUAAACAUUGCUAUUGUGGUGCCUCGGCUUGCAGGGGCAGGCUCUACUGA